AAACAAACAUAUCGUUUAUAUUCAACUAAAACUAGAACUUCUAACUUGCCUCUAAAUAAUGAAAAAAAUUAUUUAGAUCCUUGGUUCGUAACUGGGUUUUCUGAUGCUGAAGGUUGUUUUAUGAUUAGUAUAAGAGAAAAUCCUGCUAGUAAGUUAGGUUGA